UAUUUCUUUUCGAGUCUUCUCCUCGUCGUUGGCUCGUUUCUGGACUGGAUCUGGAAAGCUUUCCUUCGAGGGCGAGUUCUCCGAAGAAGAGCGAAGAUGAUGUCGAGCGGCGGAUACACCUCCAUCGGCAACGACAACAGCGGUGGGAAUAUCUCCGGAUCCGUUCCGGCCGUUGUCUCCGGUCCGGAUCACGUCGCCCUCAAGUUCAAAGAGUCUAAUUUACAGACCUUUCCACCGACUUCGGAUUCUCAGGGCAAGAUUCCUGUCUUCCGUCCCCCUUCCGAUGCUGACGAUACAUUCUCGAAGCCUGCGCAUGGGAGCUCCGAUGAACCUCAGCAGUCGGGAUGGAUGCAUGCGUUCACUGUGGGUGCUUACAAACCUUAUUUCGAUGUCGAUACUGCUGACGUUCUGGAAAGGAUUAAAGAUUCCCUUUUCCCGUUCAGAGGGACUUUCACUGAGAAGACAUCUGAUAAUCCGGAUCUAUAUGGUCCAUUCUGGAUAUGCACCACUUUGAUCUUUGUGGCAGCUGCCAUUGGCACAUUUGUCACAUAUUUAGCACACAAGUUGCAGCAUAAAGAGUGGGACUAUGAUAUCAAUUUGGUCACUUGGUCUGCUGGUUUAUUCUAUGGCUAUGUCACCUUUGUCCCCCUUGGUUUAUUCAUCAUACUUAAAUACUUCUCAACACCAUCUGGUCUUGUUCAACUUUGGUGUUUAUAUGGCUAUUCCUUGUUUGUAUUCAUUCCUGCUCUGUGCCUCUCCAUUGUACCCGUGGAAAUCUUCAGAUGGGUGAUCGUCGGCAUUGCAGGAUUCAUGUCUGCAACCUUUGUCGCACUUAAUCUUCGCACACACAUUAUGUCAUCUGGAGAUAGGUGGUUCCUAAUCGUCGCCGGAAUAUUUCUGCUGCAGUUGGCCCUUGCUGUCGUCUUGAAGCUCUACUUCUUUACAAUCACCGUAUGAACAAGUUAACAUGGUAGUAAAUAUUGAUACUUCAGUCUAUGGUAGGAUGAUUGCAACAAUCAUUUUGUUCGACCAUUUUCAUAUAUGUUAUUCAGUCUCAUUCAUUUCAAUUUCA